AUGGCAUCUAUCUUCGUGAGGCCGUUCCAAACGAUGGAUGUUGAAACUUUAUUGAAGAUCUCUCGUCCCGGGCUGUGGCUAGUGUACAUAUGGCUCUACAUGUGGCCCACCGGUGGGCAUGCUGAGCUCAUGUGGAGUCCUAAAUUCUGGCUUGGCCUGGCUUACUGUGUUCUACCUCUCAACCUUAUGGUCUACGGUAUAAACGACAUGGCGGACUUGGAUGUGGAUGCGAUCAAUGAUAGGAAGAACAACUACAUAUACGGGGCAAAGGCCAGCAAACAGCAGCUAUCUGAAAUCCCCGGCAUUGUUCUGCUAAGCAAUGGCCUGCCUAUCAUGCUAAUGGCAGCUCUUACUGGUGAUUGGAUUUGGUACACUAUGUGGUUGGUAUCGGCGUUAUCGGUUAAUGUGGCGUACAAUAUGAGGCCACUCAUCCUAUCCAGAAGAGGACCAUGGGAGCUGCCUUGCAUGGCUAUUGGUAACUUCCUAGUGCCUCUCCUUAGCUGCAAGCUCAACAACCUGCCCUUGCCCCCUCUAGGCUCGUGGCUAUUCCAUCUCUGCAUGCUAUGGCGCACUCAUGUGUGGUUCGAGAUAAUGGACAUGUAUGAUGAUGCCAAGACGGACAAGAGGACCAUCGCCGUUAAAGUUGGCCACAGCUGGGCAUGUGUUAUAGUCCUUGCCUUUACAUUAACAGAGGCUGCGGUGGCCUUCUUCAUGCUCCACUGCUUCCCUCUGGCGAUGUUCUCCCUAUCGGGCGUAGUGAUAUUCCUAUGCGUUGAGGUGUUGCCGAUACCAGAGUCACUCGUACCUCAAGACAAAAAGUCUAAAAAGAUGAUGAACUUCGGCCGUAGCAGUUCCUUAUCGGCUGUCAAGGGACUCACCAUCAGUCCAGAUGGAACGACGAUGACUCUUCCGCUUGCCUUUACGAAAUUACAGCUGCCAGACGCUUGCCAAGGCGCCUUAGUGGAAGACUGGUCGAAGCCCCCUCUGGCCACAGCUAUCCUCACUUGUGCUGUCUGCGGAUCGGAGCUGGUGGACGUUGGGAGUCUGCAGGUCUGUGCGGUUCCUAGUGUCGUUUGGCAGUUGGGCUCGGAGAUAAAGGCCUGUGAGGAGUGUGGACCUCUCCUCGCCGAAUGCGAACGGGAUGACUGCAAUCAUAACACUGCCAUGCGGCAGUCCGUCACUGAGACGGAGAUCUGGACCCGCCUACAGGGCCGUCUGUUCGUGUCCGAGACCACAGUGAUGCUGCACUCGUCCCAUCUACUUCUAUCGUCAUGUACUUGCUGUGGUAAGUCGACUAUCCCCACCACUCGAGAGGCUGCAGUCUCCAUCGGUCUGUGUGCCGACAGUAUCAGCGACUUUGAUGACGAUGGCGGAUCGUAUGUUGUCAUUCCCAAGCUUAACCUAGGGGAACCUAUCUGCGGCUACUCCCGGGCCUCCCUGGCGGCCCAGCUGCUCCCCGAGCCCAUGAUAUGGUUCCUACUAGACGUCGCUGAUGAGACUCUGGGCCCUAUGGUAGUCCUGUCGAGAGACUUAGUCGUUAUAGACAGCCUAGGGGUGGCAACAAGAGCGGCUAAGAUCAUGCUUAGAGAAGACCGGCCGAAGGACAAGCUAGUGAGGGUGUCCCUCGAGCCAGCUGAGGCAUGGGCCCUUCGAGAGGCCUGGAUGCAGAGCAAGGCACUUGUGAGGGAGGGGACAUGGGUGGGUACCAUACCCGUUACUCCAAAGCUCGAAGACUGA